AUGAACGAAGAAAAAAUCAUACAGUUUAUGAGAGAUUUAUUUUCCAAAUACGAUAAGCUACGAGGAAAUGAUAAAUCCAGUGGUUUCUGGCCAUUUUGGGAUGCUGUAGUGAUUACUACUGCAGAUGAAAUCCAAAGAGAUGCCUACCAAUCCCAAAUUGAUGCAAAGAAAGAAAAGAAAGAAUUACCAAUAAAUCUUGAGAUUUAUAUUGUUUCUGAUCCUCCUGGUCCCAAAUUAGGAAAUGGAGGAUCAACAUUUACAUUUUUUUUUCUCCUGCUUCUGGAAUUGGCAUUUAAUUUUUUUCCAUUGGAAUGUCAGACUCUGAAGAUGAAGCUGCAUUCACAAGUGCAGAUGAGGAAGUGGAAACAAAUAGAUAACAUGCUUUCCUCAAAGCCAGAUCUUGAAGAAAUUCACAUUACUGAUGAAAGUGAUGACAGCAAUCGGACUAGCAGAAAUAAUUUGUUCUGUGAAAGCAACAGUGCAAAAGAAUUCAAUGAGGAAAAUGAAAAGAGAACAGACAAAAAAGAAGAAGUUAAGCAAUCUCAAGAUAUAACAUGUCCUCAUCCACAAAUAUGUGAUGAAAAAUUUGAAAAGCAAGCACAACAGUCUGGUUGGGGUUGGACAAAGUGGAGUUCCUCAAUUAUUGGAGCUGCAGCUUCCUCAGUUUCAACUUUCACAUCACAAUUAGUAAAAUUACAUACAUCAGCUUUAUUGUUUUCAAUAAAAGAGAAGCAGUUUUCUCUUUUACUUUUUUUUUUUGUUUAUUUGUUUGACUUUUUUCAAUCUUUUCUUUUUUUGCUAUUUCCUUCCAUUUUCUCUUUUCACUCUGUCAUUUUUUUCCAUUCUUCCCAUUUCUUUUCUCCUUCCUUCCCAUUCUUUUCUCCUUUCUUCCCAUUUCUUUUCUCCUUUCUUCCCAUUUCUUUUGCCCUUUCUUUCCAUUUCUUUUGCCCUUUCUUUCCAUUUCUUUUCCCCUUUCUUCCCAUUUCUUUUCUUCCUUCCCAAUUCUUUUCUCCUUUCUUCCCAAUUCUUUUCUCCAUUCUUCCCAUUUCUUUUCUCCUUUCUUCCCAUUUCUUUUCUCCUUUCUUCCCAUUUCUUUUCUCCAUUUUCCCAAUUCUUUUCUCCUUUCUUCCCAAUUCUUUUCUCCUUUCUUCCCAUUUCUUUUCCUCUUUCUUCCCAUUUCUUUUCCUCUUUCUUCCCAUUUCUUUUCCUCUUUCUUCCCAUUUCUUUUCUCCAUUCUUCCCAUCUACUUUCCUCUUUUCUUUUUUUUUUCCUUUUUUAUUGAAGCAUAAAGGAGAAAAACCUAUUGUAGGAAAAACACUUUGGAAUCCAAAUAUUUUUCUUAGUAAUUCUAUUUGUAGUUGUUUGUUUAUUCUUUUUUGA